UUUUAUAGACCGACGCUCACGAGAAGUGUCUCGGAAUCGGGUUUUAUUAGCAAAAUGAAGUCUGGGGGCCGAAAUGUGGUCGUGUUUUAUGGCUCCCAAACGGGAACCGCCGAAGAGUUUGCCGCCCGUCUGGCCAAAGAGGCCACGCGUUAUGGUAUGAAAGCGAUGGUCGCCGACCCCGAAGAGUGCGAUAUGGAGGAGCUCUCGAAGUUGACUGAAAUCGAGAACUCGAUCGCCGUGUUCGCGGUGGCCACGUAUGGUGAGGGAGAUCCCACUGAUAACGCACAAGAGUUUUACGAAUGGCUCCAAAACGGUGGCGCAGAUCUGACUGGUUUACGAUUUGCUGUGUUUGCAUUGGGAAACAAGACGUACGAACACUACAACAAAAUGGGGAAAUACCUGGACGUGAGGCUCGAGGAGUUGGGCGCCACCCGGGUCUACGAGUUGGGACUGGGAGAUGACGACGCGAACAUUGAAGAGGAUUUCAUCACUUGGAAGGAGAAGUUCUGGUCAUCGGUUUGCGAACAAUUCGAUUUGCAGACCGGAGAGGAAGUCAGUUCCAGACAAUACGAACUCAUCUCCUAUGACGACGACAACACUAUCUCUGAUGACAAAGUAUUUCACGGAGAAGUGGCUCGACUUAACUCUUAUGCCAAUCAAAAAGCACCCUUUGACACUAAGAAUCCGUAUUUGUCUCCGGUUUUGGUCAAUAGAAACCUCUAUAACAGCGAACGUAAUUGCCUUCACAUUGAGUUAGGACUUACCGGAUCUAAACUGAGAUAUGAGGCCGGAGAUCAUGUGGCCGUCUAUCCCAAGAACGACACCAAUUUGGUCGAACGCAUCGGACAACUGCUGGAAAUGGAUUUGAAUAAAGUGUUUGCGCUGAAGAACUUAGACGAGGACAGCUCCAAAAAGCAUCCCUUUCCGUGUCCCACGUCCUACAAGACUGCGCUCACGUUCUACACCGACAUCACGAGUACUCCCAGAACUCAUGUGUUGAAAGAAAUCUCGGAAUACGCGACGAACGAAGAGGACAAGGCUUUCCUCAAGAAGAUCAGUUCGCCCACCGAUGAGGGCAAACAGCUGUACGCCGAGUGGGUGAUCAAGAAUUGUCGCUCUAUUGUCCACAUUCUGGAGGACUUGCCGUCCGUGAAGCCACCGUUGGAUCAUUUGCUGGAACUGUUGCCGCGACUGCAGCCGCGAUACUACUCCAUCUCGUCGUCGCCUAAAUUACAUCCCGAUUCGGUUCACGUGACGGCCGUUGUGGUCGAGUAUGAGACGGGCACUAAUCGCGUGAAUAAGGGAGUGGCCACCAAUUGGUUGAAGGCUAAGCUGCCGGGGAGUGAUAAUGGCCACAAAGUGUUGGUUCCUAUUUUCAUACGUCGCUCGCAGUUCCGAUUGCCGGCCAAACCGCAGACGCCCGUCAUAAUGAUAGGUCCGGGCACUGGUUUGGCGCCAUUCCGGGGCUUCAUUCAGGAGCGCUGGCACAUGAGGCAGAGCGACAAACCCGUAGGCGAUACCAUAUUGUACUUCGGCUGCCGAAAGAAGUCCGAAGACUACCUCUACGAGGAGGAGCUCACCAAAUGGGUGGCCGACGGGACGCUCACCAAACUGUACGCCGCCUUCUCCCGGGACCAGAACCACAAGAUAUACGUCACCCAUCUCUUGAAGAAUAACAUGAAAGAGAUCUGGAAUAUAAUUGGCGACAAAGAGGGACACAUCUACGUGUGCGGGUAUGUGGACAUGGAUGUUGUGCAU